AAAAAUAAUGCAAACCGAUUUGGACAAGUCGAUUGAGAAAUUAAAGAACGGGGAGCUAUUGAAGGAGAAGGACGUAAAGCAAUUGUGUGCCAAGAUCAGGGAAAUCUUCAUCGAGGAAGGAAAUGUCCAAAGAAUUGAUCCUCCAGUUAUUGUGGUAGGAGAUAUUCAUGGAUAAUUGUAUGAUCUCUUUGAGAUUUUCAAAUAAUCAGGAGAAGUGGGAGAUCAAAACUAUCUGUUCUUGGGGGAUUACGUUAACAGAGGAUUCCACAGCAUAGAAUCGAUUUGUUUGCUGUAUGCAUUGAAAAUCAAGAAUCCAGACAAAAUUACACUGCUAAGAGGUAAUCACGAAUCUCGAAUUCUUACUCAAACAUUUGGAUUGUACGAUGAGGCUAUGAGGAAAUACGGUUCCUUGAACAUUUGGCGAUAUUUAACUGAAUCCUUUGAUUACAUGCCAUUAUCAGCAUUGAUUGAUGAGAAAGUGUGGUGUGUGCAUGGGGGCAUAGCCUAGGAUGCUAAAUUAUUAGAUGAUGUAUGACCUUGUUGCUUUAAAAUAUUAUAGGUAAGAGCACUAAACAGAUUGUCAGAGAUCCCUGAUAAUGGUGAGAUGUGUGAAUUACUUUGGAAUGAUCCAAAUGAAUAGGAGUUAAAGGGGUUUGGUGAAAGCAAGAGAGGAGUGGGUAAGGAAUUCGGGUAGGAUGUCUUUGCUUAAUUCUUGUAAACCAACAACUUGAGUUGUGUUCUUAGAGCACAUUAAGUGAUCAUGGAAGGGUAUCGUAGUAUAUACAAAGAUUAAUUAAAGACAAUCUUCUCUGCUCCGAAUUACUGUUAUAGGUGUGGUAAUUCAGGAGCAGUUUGCGAAGUCAGUGAUAAAUUGGAAAUGAGGGCUAAAAUAUUCUAAGCAAGUGAAAAUCAGAUGAAAAAUGCCUAAACCAAGAUUUGGAAUCAGAAUCCAGAUUAUUUUUUAUGA